AAGUGUUGAAGUGCACCAUAGGGAUAUAGGGUACCCUUAAUUUAGCUUGCUUUAUUUCAGUUCUGAGUGUGAGAGAAUUGGCCCUUCUCUUUCACAGCCUAUCAAUCAAGCCAACAUGUCCGCUGAAGACCAGACUCAGAAGAACGUUAUGCGCGAGUUGCGCCUCGAGAAGCUCGUUCUCAACAUUUGCGUCGGCGAGUCCGGAGACAGACUCACCCGUGCCGCCAAGGUUCUGGAGCAGUUGACCGGUCAGACCCCCGUCUACUCCAAGGCCCGUUACACCGUCCGUACCUUCGGUAUCCGUCGUAACGAGAAGAUCGCCGUCCACGUCACCGUCCGUGGCCCCAAGGCCGAGGAGAUCUUGGAGCGUGGCCUCAAGGUCAAGGAGUACGAAUUGAAGAAGUCGAACUUCUCCGAGACCGGCAACUUCGGUUUCGGUAUCCAGGAGCAUAUCGAUUUGGGCAUCAAGUACGAUCCCUCGAUCGGUAUUUACGGUAUGGACUUCUUCGUCUGCAUGAACCGCCCCGGUAACCGCAUCACCAAGCGUCGCCGUGCCGUUGCCAAGGUUGGCCCCAAGCACCGUGUGCACAAGGAGGAGACCAUGAACUGGUUCAAGCAGCGUUACGACGGUAUCCUGACCAACCGCAAGUAAACGGUUGCUACGGGAUAGUGGACAUUGUAUCUUGAAUAAAUGCUUGAAAUCCUCACUGAUAAGCGAGCGUACAAAUCAAAAA